AUGCCUUCGACGCCCCGUUUCGCGCGGAUCUCGAUCUCAUCGCGACGCCGCCUCGACGAGUCGCGCGACGACGACGACGACGACGACGACGACGACGCGCUGCGGCGUCGGCGAGCAGAUGGACAAGCAAGACGCGACCGCGAAAGAGGACGACGCGCGGCAGUACGGCGUCUGGGGCGUCGACGGCAUUCGCCAGCGCUCCGCGUCGUUCGCGGCGAUGGAGGCGGACUGGGAAGACGAGGUCGCGAAGUGCUGGACGCGCGCGGGCGCGAGCGAGGUGGCGACGCAGCGCCUCCUCAUCCUCGGCGCGAAGUGGCAGAAAGGUGCGCUCGGCGAGAUCUACCGCGACCCGGAGGCGGUGCGCGCGAUGGUGGACGCGCUCGCCGAGCUCCUCCCGGGCGCUUCGCCCGCGAAGAUCUUCCACGGCGAGCCCGCCGCGGCGCUCGUCGCCGUCGACCGCUCGUCGCUGUCGCGAACGCUCGUGGCGAUUCGCACCGCGGCCGACAUCCCGAUGUUGGACCUCGCGCAUGUCAUCUCGCGCGAGCCGAGGUUGCUGACGCGCGACGUCGCGGAGACGUCGCGGACGUGUCGCGAGAGCGUGGCGGCGCUGAGGCGCGUUCUGUACACUGGUUCCCAUACGACCGCGUCGGCGUGGUGAACGCCGUUCCUUAA